GUAAUUGAUAAUUUGUGAAUUGUGAGUAGGAAUUAAAAUUCAGUAAACAAAAGAACGACUCCGAGCAGGCACGGAAAAGGGAGGGCGAUGACGCUUUCUUUUCCGGUGAUGUUUUGGCUGGUCGGGGUCAUCACUGUUAUUUCGAAUUCAAUGUUGCGGGCGAGUUCGGCCGCAACGACUACAGGGUUUCCCCAUCAUGGCGAAGGGGUACGGGUGAUCCUCAGACGCCUGGAACGUGUUCAAGGCGCCGUACAGCGCGACGCUGAGAGGCUUGCUGGCCUCUUAGGUGUGGCGGCAUCGGAGCGAGGGGUGAUGAAUUCAAGUGUACACUCCUCUCGCUCAUCCGGCGAGUUCUGGAUGGACCUAUCGAUUGGGACUCCGCCAGUGGCGUUGAGAUUCGUUAUCGACACGGGCAGUGACGUGAUUUGGACUAAUAGCCACAGUAGCGAUGAAGGUACUGUUAUACAGAAACUUAGAUGCGUCCCGGGGAGUAAAAAGCUUACAGUCCCCGGGUGCGCCUACAAUAGCAGUUACCGCGAUGGGUCAUGGAGCUGGGGCCAUAUUGCGGCAGAGAGCUUUACAUUUGAACCAGGUAAUGUCACGGUCGAGAGCGUGGCGUUCCUUUCGGCCGAUACAAUAGGAUGGCCACCAUUUGCUAGCAAAUCCUCCUCUGGGUUGGUCGGUCUCGGCCGCGGCAACAUGUCCUUGGUCUCGCAACUCAAUGUCUCCCAAUUCUCGUAUUGCUUAACCGACGCCGACAGCAAUUUAGUCAGCACGCUUACACUGGGCGGCAGUGGAGGCGCCGCCCAGAAGAAGAGAGCUGGCGGAAUAUCCCCUAUAACAGCCGGCCGUUUAUUAGAGAGCCCAAAAAAGGCUCCGUACUCGUCGUUUUAUUAUGUUGCCAUUAAGGGGAUAUCCGUCGGGGAUACCCUCCUGGACGUGCAGGAGAGGGUGUUCGAGGUGGACGGUGAAGGGAGGGGCGGGAUGAUCAUCGACUCCGGCACCACCCUCACGUACCUACCGUCGAUGGCCUAUAACGCGCUCAUAAGUGAGGUAGAGAGCCAGUCGGGACAGUCACAUCCGAUAGAGGGCUCCAGAUUGUGUUACCCGAGGACGAGCUACCCGCGCAGCCUGAACCUGACCAUCCAUUUCGACAACAACGAGAAGCUGACCAUCCCCUCAGAAAACUGGUCCGUCACAGGAAAGAUAGAUGAACACCAUUUCGGGACGUGUUUGUUAUUUGGCGAGGCCUUGGACGGCGAGCCUGGAAUUUGGGGAAAUAUUCUGCAGCAGAAUAUGUUGGUGACCUAUGAUCUGGCUCAUAGCGCUCUUUUCUUCGAGCCAAAAACGUCGUGUGGUUAAUCCCUCAUAUCAUCGAUCGCACCUUUCUACUUACGCACCCAAUAAGCUUAAUUCAUCUUAGACAGACCGUCAUAUAUCGAUCCAUCAGUUUGUGCUCAUCGCCGACCAUAUGUUUAAAUUAAGGAUUGCCAUUCCUAGCUUCCUGUUUCCUAGUUUGUGUACGUUUUAAAUCUAUUUGUUAGUACUUGGUCCAUCCAUCUUACCUGUUUGUCUUAAAUCGAUCCAUCUAUUCCUGGGAAUUAGUUCAC